UCCGAGAGCUGCGUUCAUUCAGCACUGCCUGAGUAAGAAGAUUACUUUUGCGCUGCUCGUCUCUCUACUCUUUCUCUCUUUAAACAUACUAAGGAUGCUAAAGCGUCAGCAGCUCCACCCGGGAAUGAUUUUAUUACUCUUUUGGCUCUGUUAUUUGAUUGAAGAUCAAAAAGUGCAAGCUGGUAACUGCUGGCUUCAGCAGGGCAAGAACGGGAGAUGUCAGGUUCUCUACAUGCCUGGGAUGAGUCGGGAGGAAUGUUGCCGGAGUGGGAGGCUCGGUACAUCUUGGACUGAGGAAGAUGUGCCAAACAGCACAUUAUUCAGGUGGAUGAUCUUCAAUGGCGGGGCUCCAAACUGCAUACCUUGUAAAGAGACGUGUGAUAAUGUGGACUGUGGUCCUGGAAAGAGAUGUAAAAUGAACAGGAGGAGUAAACCUCGCUGCGUCUGUGCUCCAGACUGCUCUAACGUCACCUGGAAAGGGCCUGUCUGUGGCUCAGAUGGAAAAACAUACCGGGAUGAAUGUGCCCUUUUGAAGUCCAAAUGCAAAGGGCACCCGGAUCUGGAGGUCCAGUAUCAAGGCAAAUGCAAAAAGACGUGUCGUGAUGUCCUGUGUCCGGGAAGUUCAACUUGCGUGGUGGACCAGACAAACAACGCCUACUGUGUGACAUGCAACCGCAUAUGCCCAGAGGUCAUGUCUCCAGAUCAGUACCUUUGUGGCAACGAUGGGAUUGUUUACGCCAGCGCAUGCCAUUUAAGAAGAGCCACGUGCUUGCUCGGUAGAUCCAUCGGCGUGGCAUAUGAAGGAAAAUGCAUCAAGGCCAAGUCAUGCGAUGAUAUCCACUGCAGCACAGGGAAGAAGUGUCUAUGGGAUGCAAAGAUGAGUCGCGGGCGCUGCGCAGUUUGCGCCGAGUCGUGCCCAGAAAGUCGCUCGGAGGAAGCUGUGUGCGCCAGCGACAACACCACGUAUCCCAGCGAGUGUGCCAUGAAGCAGGCCGCUUGCUCUUUGGGGGUUCUCCUGGAAGUUAAGCAUUCAGGAUCUUGCAACUCCAUUACGGAAGACCAGGAGGAUGACGACGACGAGGAAGACCAGGACUACACGGCUUAUGUCCAAUUAUCACCUGUACUGGAUGGAUAAAGCACCAUCAACCAGUGGAACAGUCCUAGGGCGAGGAGUCAUGUCCACACUGUACAUAUGUGUAUGCUAAUUUAUUUUUCAGAGAAAAAAGAAAGAAGUAUACAUGUAGUUCAGUCUGCUUGAUGUUUAUUUAUACAGUGUUCUGUUUUAUAAUUUAUACAUUUACAGUGUCCGGCUUUAUUGUCUAUCAUGUUUUUCCCUUUUCUUUCUUUCUUUUUUGUUGGUUUUAUAUAUUUUUUUUAUUAUGACCGAGAAAUAUAUUUGUCCAAAGAGAAGCAGUGUUAUUUAUUGUGAGGUAAAAUGCUAUCAUGUAAAGUGUGAGUCUUCUGCAAGCUGUAAAUCGCAUUCCUUGAGCUGUACAAAUGCUUAUCAGUGUCAAUUCUGUAUCACAGAUGUUUAUUUCACACAUACCUGCAUGUUAGCUUGUUUAUUUAUUGGAAAAAAAUGGAAAAACGCAUAGGAAAAAAAAAGUGUCACUCUUUAACGUACGUGUAUAUUUCUGCUUUUGUUUACAGUUCAGUGUAACUGACCAAAGGGAUUUUCUUGAACGUUCUUCAAUGUUUAUGUGAUGUGGUGCAGCGGGAUGACAUUGGAAAUGUGUUGUUGUUUCUCAUUUAGAAAAGCCCUGCUGAUUCAGUGCUGUCCUUCAGUAACAGCAAGAAAUCGGCAGUGGGUGAUGCUUGUUUCAGAAAACUGUGCCAUGCAACUUUUUUUGUCUUGUUUUUGCCAAUAUUCAGCUCUAUAUUGCUCUUGCGGAGCUAACACAAGGUCAACAGAGGACUCAGUAUCAAUAUAUAAAACGUUCACCUUUUCACUUUGUUGUUGAAAUGCUUUUUUUAUUUUCAGACAUCUCAAGAUAAAAACGAAAUUCAGUUAUAAAUAUAUAGUUUUGUAUUUUUUAUGUAAAUGUCAUAUGUAUAUACAAAGUUUGAUGUAUUUGUACAGAUAUUAAGAGUGAAAUC